UCAAAGUUUUAAUUUUUAAAAUAUUCUUCCUCACCGCAAUAAAUAUCAGCCAGUAGUUGUCAGGUCAUUUACAGAGAGAACCGGAGAUUUCAGAUCCGGCCGACCCGCGUCUCCCUCUCUCUCUCUCUCGCUACUUUCCUUUCGAUCUAUCUGCGUGAGUUCUCAGUGCUACGCUAGAAGCUGAUUGCUGGAGUGAAUAUCAGAAACAGAAAUGGGGCUGACAUUCACCAAGCUGUUCAGCAGGCUCUUUGCCAAGAAAGAAAUGCGGAUUCUUAUGGUUGGUCUUGAUGCUGCGGGUAAGACUACCAUAUUGUACAAACUCAAGCUUGGAGAAAUUGUCACAACAAUCCCUACUAUUGGAUUUAACGUUGAGACAGUGGAGUACAAGAACAUUAGCUUCACAGUUUGGGAUGUUGGUGGUCAAGACAAGAUCCGUCCAUUGUGGAGGCAUUACUUCCAGAACACCCAGGGGCUUAUAUUUGUGGUGGAUAGCAAUGACAGGGAUAGAGUUGUUGAGGCAAGAGAUGAGUUACAUAGAAUGUUGAAUGAGGAUGAAUUGAGAGAUGCUGUUUUGCUUGUGUUUGCUAACAAACAAGAUCUUCCUAACGCAAUGAAUGCUGCAGAAAUAACUGAUAAGCUUGGUCUUCAUUCACUCCGACAACGCCACUGGUACAUUCAGAGCACAUGCGCAACCUCUGGAGAGGGGCUUUAUGAAGGCCUGGAUUGGCUCUCCAGCAACAUUGCUAGCAAGGCAUAAAAGGUAGCGAACGAGGAUUUUGCUUCUGCUGGAAGAUCUAGUGAUGCAUGGUUAAGCAUGUUGUCUUUCUAUAAGACCUCCGCAAUUCAACAAUAUUCUCCCUUGAACACGGGGGUGGACUUUGUUAUAGCAAGAACAGUAGCUAGCUUGAGUUUGCCUAUUGUUUGAUUGUUAUCGCUACUACGUUUGGCCAGCACUUACCAGCUAGUUGUAUGGCGUGUUAUAUUCUUUGAACUGAGCAUUUAUGCUGUUCUCUUUUGGUUUAUUUAUUAUGCAUUUAGAUGGACCUUCUAUA